AUGGACGUGCUCAGACACGAGAGGUACCUGGCAUUAUUGAUACUAAUUAUAUCAUUUAACAUCUCGGUAUCGUUGACCAAACAGCAUCACCUCCGACAUGGUCGACACAAAAGACAACAAUGGAACAAUACAUUUAGCAGCUCCGGAUUCGUACCAGAAUAUCAUGUUUAUCUGGACGGCAGUACCUCGGAGAGUGGUGAAUGGAGUCCGUGGUCCGACGAUAGUCAAUGUUCCCGUAGCUGUGGUGGAGGAGUCGCGUUUCAAACCAGGAGAUGUCUGACAUACAGACAAGACGGUUCCGAAGAUUGUACAGGAUCAUCGAAAAGAUAUUAUUCCUGUAAUAUUCAAGAAUGUCCCAGAAAAAGUCUGGAUUUCCGACUGGAACAAUGCGCUGCAUUUAACCGAGUACCAUUUGAAGGAUUGACAUACGAGUGGGUUCCCUACACCAAAGCUCCGAAUAAAUGUGAACUGAAUUGUAUGCCGAAAGGGGAACGAUUUUAUUACAGACAUAGAAAUAAAGUAAUCGAUGGUACAACGUGUGAUGAAGAAAAAUUGGACGUUUGCGUCGAUGGAAAAUGUUUGUCAGUGGGAUGUGAUAAUCUAUUGGGUUCACCGGUAAGAGAAGAUCGUUGUCGAAACUGCGGAGGAGAUGGAUCCAACUGCAACACCGUCCAAGGAAUAUUGGACAUGAAUGAUUUACAGUAUGGCUAUACGGAUAUACUUCUGAUUCCAGCAGGUGCUACUAACAUAAGAGUAAGGGAAAUUCAACCAUCUAAUAAUUAUUUAGCAAUUAGAAACAUUUCUGGACACUACUACUUAAAUGGUAAUUGGAAGAUCGAUUAUCCUAGAAGUCUGAAAAUCUGCAAUUCCGUUUUCCAUUAUGAGAGGAAAAAGCGAGCACUUUACACACCUGAAAUAAUUACAUCUUUAGGACCAAUUUCAGAAGCCAUUUAUAUCGUGUUACUGUAUCAAGAAGCUAACCCCGGAAUCGAAUACGAAUAUAGCAUCCCAACUAGUGCUGCAAAACUAACAUUAUCCAAAGGAUACGGUUGGAUAUAUAAUGAGUUUACUGAAUGCAAUACGACUUGUGGCGGAGGUACAAGAACUCGAAACGUUUGGUGUGCUCAAAAGAACGACUCUAUGCCUGUACCCACAGAACUUUGUGACCCAGGUUUGGAACCAUUAAAAUCACAAUCAUGUUCAAUGGAACCAUGUCCACCUAAAUGGGCUCCAGCUAAUUGGACAUUAUGUACACACAAAUGUGGACAAAACGGAACACAAACUAGAGAAGUUGGAUGUGUGCGAAGAAUCAAUGGUGUUGAUGUUCCCGCAGAUAGUAACUAUUGUGAACAGUAUGAUGGAACUAAGCCGGCCACUGAACAACCAUGUAAUGUGGGGCUAGAAUGUCCAUUAUGGCACACUGAUCCUUGGAAACCAUGUAAUCAACUUUGUGGGGCAGGUAAACAAACCAGAAAAGUUAGUUGCUACAGAAAAGUGGAUAGAAAAAUUAUUGUCUUAAACGAUGACGAAUGUGAUACUAAAAAACCAGACACAGAAAAAAAAUGCCAGCUACGUCCAUGUGAGGGCGUCGAUUGGGUGACUUCUGCGUGGUCAGGAUGUGGUGAUUGUAAUUUGGAUUUCGAAACUAGACAAGUGAUUUGUGCAAAUGCUAAAGGAAAAUUAUAUGAUACUAAAUUUUGUAAGAAUUCAAAAUAUCCAGAAGUCAUACGAAAUUGCACUCCUUCAGAUGCAUGCGAGUAUCAGUGGUACGCCACUCAAUGGAGUGAGUGUUCAUCAAAAUGCAGUACUGGGAAACAAAUUAGAAAAGUUUUUUGUGGAUCUUUAGUUGGUGAAUCGAUCAAAAAAGUUGAUAAUGUAAAAUGUGAUCCAAGCAAAAAAUAUGAAGAUACUAAAAACUGUACUGGAAAAGAAACAUGCAAAGGAGAAUGGUUUUCAGGCCCUUGGACUGCAUGUUCAAAACCUUGCGGUUCUGGAGAAAAGAGUAGGAAGGUAUUUUGUAUGGCUGGAAACUCCACUGUGGACGCUAGUCAGUGUAAACCUGAAACACUUUUAUAUACUAGUGAUGAAUGUAAUAAACAGCCUUGUGGUGAAGAUCAAAUUAUGCCUGUUGAGUCUAAGAAACCAAUUACUGAAGAAGAUACGCUCGAAGAAGAAGAAUGUGAAGAUGAAAUGAUAACUGUUACACCAUUUGCAAUUGAACCGGAUUAUGAAGCUACAACAUCGUCCUACACACAAUCAUCCGAUGAUAAUAUGAUUGAUACAGAUUCAAAAAUUACAAUGAAAUCCGAAGAAUCAAAUAUAUUUACUACAGAUUCAAUAAGCACUGAAAAAGGAAGCACUGCUCCUUCAGAAAUAAAAGUAACAUCUACAGAAAAAAAACAAAACUCUAAUACUACUACUACCCCAACCAAACGCAAAAGGAGACAAGCAAUCGUAGAUUCUAAAAUUACUUUUGCUAAAACUUCUGAUAUCCCUAACAUUGCAAAUGAUUUAUCGAGUACGUUUGAAUCCUCCUCGACCAUUAUUUCAACAACGGAUAUGUCAACCACUGAUAUAUCAACCACAGAUAUUUCAACAACCGAUCCAACAACUAUUGACACGCCAACUACAAUUGAUGUUUCCUCGACAGUUGACACUGUUACACCAGUUUCUUCAUCAUCACCGUCAACAUCUCCUGAACCAACAACAAUUACAUCUCAGACUGAAACACUUCAAACGGAAACAAUGACGAGUAAUGGAAAUAUAUCAUCUUCAGUGGAUAUUUCAUCAUCUACAGCUGAAUCUAGUACCGAAAAUAGUGAUAAAACGACUCCUAUGGAGUUAACAACUGUGUCAAUGUCUUCAACUGAUACAGAAAGCACUGCCGUAUCUGAUUCAAUUACUGAAGCAAGUACAGAUGCAAUUUCCAGUACUGAUAUUACAUCAACCAUCAACUUACCAUCAAGCACCGAGCUAUCUACAUCUCUUUCAUCGUCAGAAACAAUCGCAUCAUCAAGCGAGAUAUCAGUUAGCACUUCUGAUUAUACUAGUGAAACAUCUGUAGCUAUGACAACAUUAACUGCAGUCACUAAUUCAACAAAAAAAACGAAUCCAUUAAUUGCGGCUUCAAAGAAGAGCAAACGUAUUUGUAAGAAGAAAAAGAAAUUGGUUGGUUGCCAAACAUCAGAAUUUGGAUGUUGUUUUGAUGAAAAAACGCCUGCUAAAGGACCGUUUAGUGCUGGUUGCCCAGAUGUACAUACUUGCAAAGACACAGAACAUAACUGUUGUUCGGAUGGUGUGACUCCUGCAACUGGUCCUAAAAAUGAAGGGUGUCCCCCUUCAGUGUGCAACGCUACUUUGUACGGUUGCUGUACGGAUGGCUAUAGUAUUUCACUAGGAAAUGAUUUUGAAGGAUGUCCUGUUGAAGUAACUACACCUGUAUUGACAACGACAUCGGCACCAGAUCUCGGAUGCAAAAAUACUCAAUUUGGUUGUUGUCCAAAUGGAAUGACUCCUGCUACAGGACCUAGUUUCCAAGGAUGUUAUGAAUGCGUUGAAGGAUCAGGAGAAUGUGAUUCGUGUUUAGAAACAGCCUAUGGUUGUUGUGCAGAUAAUGUUACUGCAGCUACAGGACCAAAUAUGACUGGUUGCCCUGAUUCCCAAGAUAAUUUGACAACUGAUGGUUUCAUAUCCAUAACAUCUACUUCAGAACCACCGACAGACUCAUGUCAAUUAUCAGAAUUUGGAUGCUGUCCUGAUGGAGUAUCAUCAGCAUCAGGGUAUAAUCUUGAAGGGUGUAUAGGAGUUGAUUUCGAUAAUUGUACUUAUAAUGAAAACGACACAGAAUGUUUAUCUGCAUGUGCUAAAGAACAAUUUGGAUGUUGUGAUGAUAAUACUACUGCUGCACAUGGGCCAAAUAAAGAAGGCUGUUGCCUAUAUUCCCAAUAUGGCUGUUGUCCAGACAAUAUAGUACCAGCCAAUGGACCUAGUCUACAAGGUUGUGGAUGUAUUUAUACGCCAUUUGGAUGUUGCCCAGACAAUACUACAACUGCUAGAGGACCAAAUAACUCUGGCUGUAGUUGCCAAUACACCGAACAUAAAUGCUGUCCAGAUAAUUUUACACCGGCUACAGGGCCUCAGUACCAAGGUUGUGCGUGCCAUACAUACCAGUUUGGUUGCUGUCCCGAUGGUAUUACUAAAGCAAUUGGUCCAAAUUCGCAAGGGUGUGGUUGUGAAUAUACUCAAUACGGAUGUUGUAGUGAUAAAAAUACACCAGCUCCAGAUGAAGCUAAAAAUUGUAGUUGCGAGGCAUCUAAAUAUGGAUGUUGUUUAGAUGGUAUAACUGAGUCUAAAGGUGAAAAUUUCGAAGGGUGUCAAUCUAAACCUAUUCUACCUGGAGAUAGAUGCAAAGAGUCCAAAGACCGCGGUAGCUGUUCAGAUUUCACUGUUAAAUGGUUCUUUGAUACUGAGUAUGGUGGUUGUUCAAGAUUUUGGUAUGGUGGAUGUAAUGGAAAUAAUAACCGAUUCAAAACCCAAGAAGAAUGUAAAGAUAUAUGUGUUGAACCAUCUGGCCGAGAUGUAUGUUACUUACCAAAAAGCGUGGGACCAUGUGAAGGAUAUUACCCUACUUGGUACUACGAUCAAGACCGAAAACAAUGUGCGCAAUUUGUUUAUGGUGGAUGCCUUGGUAAUAAUAACAAAUUCCAAACACGUGAAGAAUGUGAACAUCUUUGUGUUAUUCCUGAUACUUUGGAUCCUUGUGAGCAACCACUUACGCCUGGACCUUGUAAAGGUAACUUCUCACGUUGGUAUUAUGACAAAUCAACACGUUCCUGUUCUCAAUUUAACUAUGGCGGUUGUAAAGGAAGUCAAAAUAAUUUCUUGAAUAAAGAGUCAUGCAAUCAUAAAUGUAUAAACCCACUCAAAACCCAAGAAGAAUGUUUGAUGACUGUUGCUCGGGGUGAUAAAAAUUGUGAUAAGAAGAUCCCAAGGUGGUAUUUUGAUAAUAACGAAAACGCAUGUAAACCUUUCUAUUAUACUGGUUGUGGUGCCAAUGCUAACAAUUAUGAGACGCAAGAGUCUUGUGAAAAGAAAUGUCCAUCUAAGAGAAAAAUUGAUACAUGUAAAUUACCCGCUCUUGUCGGUGAAUGUCAUGACUACGUAAAUCGUUGGUACUUUAACUCUUUGGAUGGUCGUUGUAGACAAUUUUACUAUGGUGGUUGUGGAGGAAAUGAAAAUAAUUUCGAAACAGAAUAUAACUGUGAAAAUAAAUGUAUCGAUUCUGGCCGUAUUACAACUCUAGCACCUAGUCAAUUUUCAAUAGACAAAUGCUUCUUGCGCCAAGACCGAGGUAAUUGUAGCAAUAUGUCUUCCAAAUAUUUCUAUGAUAGACAAGACGGCGUUUGCAAACCAUUCAUGUACGGUGGUUGUGGAGGUAAUGAAAACCGUUUUGAUUCUAAACAAGAAUGUGAACAACAGUGUUUCGAAGCGCAAGAUCUAUGUCAGCUGCCGAAAGUAGAAGGACCGUGUAGAGGAGAUUUCAGACAAUGGUAUUAUGAUAAAAAUAGCGAUAGAUGUUUCCAAUUCCAAUAUGGUGGGUGUCAAGGAAACACUAACCGCUUUAAUGACCGACAAACAUGUGAAACACGUUGUGUACAAAAUACCGUAACAGUUGCUUCACCAGUAAUACCUGCAACACGACCAAGUGACGUUUGUCUAAUUCCGCUUGAUCCUGGUCCUUGUCUUCAAACUGUUGAUAUGUGGUAUUUCAAAACAUCCUCGAGACGAUGUGAAUCUUUUACUUAUAGUGGUUGUGAAGGAAAUGCUAAUAAGUUCCAAUCGGUUGAAGAAUGCGAAAGAAUUUGUCACCCAUAUAUUGAUCCAAAUGCAAAUACAGUUGUACAGGAAACACCAAAACCAGAUGAACGACAAAUAUCUACAGACAUUUGUGAAGCAGGGAAAUUACGUUGUAAACAACUUUCUGAAGAAGCAACCAGAUGUCCUUAUGGACUUGAACAAUGGAUUAAUUCUGUUGGUUGUGAAGACUGCAGAUGUUUUAAUCCUUGCUUGCCAGCACCAGAUCAAAAAUCAGUUUGCCCGGCAGAUUAUCAAUGUAUAGUGGACGUAAUUACGUCAGACAACGGAGACUCGAAAUACAAGGCCACGUGUAGACCAGUAUUCAAGCCAGGAGAAUGUCCUCAAAUUGCCGUCUACCAGAGCGACUGCGCUGAACAAUGUAGAACAGAUGCUGAUUGCGUGGGAGACGACAAGUGUUGUUACAAUGGAUGUGGUACUUUCUGCUUACGUCCUCAGCAAUCCACCUCAACGACGACGACGCCGUCGACGACCACUGCGGUUACUCAAGAAAAAGAAUCGCCUCCGCAAAUCGUCACCGUCGAUUCAAACGUAGAAGCUGAUGAAGGAAACUUCGCCACUCUCAGGUGCAUAGUCAUCGGUACACCUACGCCGACGAUCGUUUGGCAGAAGAACACCACACUGAUCGAUGGAUCGGGUGGUCAUUACAAGCUGUUUGCAGACGGUACACUACAGAUCAUUGGACUGUACAAAUACGAUUCGGGAGUGUACAUUUGCAUGGCCAGCAACGGUAUUGGUGAACCAAUCAGAAAAGAGGUUUACUUGACUGUCAGAGACCCGUCCCCAAGACCCGCGAAUGUUAUCGGCGAGGAGAGCACGGCCGUCAUCGUCGCCCUCAAUAGCCCCACUGUGCUGCAGUGUUACGCAGUCGGCUGGCCACGGCCGUUCGUCACUUGGUGGAGGGCCGACCGGAUGUUGCCGAUGACAUCCGAAACGUUCGAACAGCGGAACGACCAUUCGCUGUACAUCCGGAUGGUGACAAUCAACGUGCUUGGUCCGUACACGUGCCAAGUGUACAACGGCAUUGGUCGGGCGUCAUCGUGGAGCGUCACGCUCCAGGCGCACAGCACUGCCCUAAACCAACCGUACAAUCCCUACCUGGUGCCACCACCAAGGUACCCAGGCACCGGAGACGUGAUCCGACUCAAGCCGAUCGUCGUCAGACUCACCAGGCCGCCGCCCAUCUACAGGACGGUCACCUCGCAACGCUCCGACAUCGAGACCACGCAGGCGACGCAGCAAAAGGUCUUCACUGUCCCCGUACGAGUUAAUAUAUCUUUGCCUACCACAAUAAUCGCCGUCGGUUCGGACUUGACGAUCCCUUGUUCGGUGGACGGUUAUCCGAUACCCACUGUGACCUGGUACAAAGACGGGCAAAUACUACGGAACAAUGAACGGACUCAAGCGACCGAAAACAAGUUGGUUGUCGUCCGUACGAAUGCGUCGGAUUCGGGUUCUUAUAAAUGUGAAGCGUACAACUCGUACAGCUCCGACGAGAAAACCGUAAACAUUACAAUAGAAGGCUUGUACAUCCAUCCAAACUGCACGGACAGCCGGUUCUUCGCCAAUUGUUCUCUGAUCGUGAAGGGAUCCUACUGUAAUCAUCCGUACUACAAAAAGUUCUGCUGCGAGUCGUGCACGAGGGCCGGUCAGUUGCCGAACAACGAUUAUCAACCCAACUUCCCAUACAUCAGCAAUACAAUCAGACGGUUCAGAAGAGAUCUAGUCAACAAACUCCAGAGUUUGAACUUAUUCUGA